UCAAGUGAGAAAAUUUAAGUUUACAAACCUCAAUUUUUAAGUGUUACAAAUUGAAGUAAUUGUUUUAAGUAGGGUCAACUUUCACUUUUUAUAGUGUAGUUUAAAGGAAAACUCUGUCCUCUUUUAAUCACCCUUAAGUUGUUACAAACCUGUAUAAAUGUGUAAAAUAAGGUAAAAUAAAAUACCUGUAUAAAUCAUGUAAAUUUCUUUGUUCUACUGAACACAAUUAAAGAUAUUUUGAAAUUUUUAAUAACUAAACAGAUCUGGGGCUUAUUCAUCAUUGACUCCCAAAGUAUUGUUUUCUCCUAUGGAAAUCAUCAGUGUCCCAGAUCUGGUUUGUUACAAACAUUUUUCAAAAUAUCUCUUCAAUUGUGUUCAGCAAAGAACAAAGAAAGUUUGACCUGAAGGUGAAUGAUGACAGGAUUUUCAUUUUUGGGUGAACUACUCUUAAGUGUUUACAUGCCAGUUUAUCAUUUGCAUUUUGCUUUAGGUGUAGGGAUUUUCAUCACUACACAUGCCAGCUCUGCCCAGGAGGACGGUAAGAACUAAAAACCUCUUUAUAACUGUUGAGACAAAUCAUAACAUCUCAUUGAGGAUUCCUCAUAGAUUUUAAUUUGUUGGUUCAUGUCCAGAUUUACUCAUUGGAGACAUUUACGCAGAUUAAUUUGGAAGUUGCUGCUUUUAUCCAAAGCAAUUUAUAUUUAAUCUGUAUAUUUCUUUAAUCAGUAUUUGUGUUCCUGGGAUCCAACCCAUGACUUUUGCUAUACUAACACAAUGCCAUACCAAUUGAGUUACAGGAACAGACAUUGAACUCCAUAUAGAAUUGUGAAGCAGAAUUAAGGGGGUAUGCACACCAAAGCUUUUAAACGCGGCUGAAAACGCCAGGCAGACGCCGACUGCCAUCUUUUUUUUAGCUGUGCGCUUUGGUUGCUGUGAUACUUCUGCUUUGUGUAUCAGUUGUUGUCGUGAUAUUUGUCCCGCCCCUCCUCCACUGUGAUUGCAUGGCCGUGUGAGAACUGACAUUGACGAACUGAGCCUUUCACCCAAGGUUGAAUAUUUUUCAACUCUCGGCUCUCAGUGCUGAGCGUGGAAAAACUGCAGAGUGACGACUUUCAGCGCAGAAAAAACACCGGCUGCUGACUUUUUAAAAAAAUGCUUCGCUUGCCAGCCGCCGGCAUAAAAGCUUUGGUGUGCACGCCCCCUAAGAGUUACCAGAAGAGUCUGUAUUUUUUCAUCAACCAGACUGACUUUCUUCAAUCUUUUCUAGAGAAUUUGGCUUUAGGAGGACAGACUGUACAGUCAUCCACAAGAUAUAUUGAUUGGGAAGCAGACAAGGCCAUUGACACUUCACCCUUAACCUGCACCCAUACUGUAGAAACAUCUAACCCCUGGUGGAGAUUGGAUCUUCUGGAUUCUUACUACAUCUCUACAGUCGUCAUCACUAACAGACCAGACUGCUGUGGGGAUCGACUUGAUGGAGCAGAAAUUCGUAUCGGAAACUCUUUAGAAAACAACGGAAACAAUAAUCCCAGAUGUGGUGUGCUGUAUGGUGUGGCAAUGGCUCAGUCCAUAUCUGUGUCCUGUGGUGACAUGAAUGGACGAUACGUGAACGUCAUUAUACCUGGAAGUUUCAAAAUUCUCACCCUUUGUGAUGUACAGGUGUAUAGAACAAAAGUUAAAGGUUUUAUGAGGAUAAAAUUUACCUCCAGUCUCAAUAUGUCAUAUCCAGCAGAGAGGAACAAAGUUCUUAAUAAGAUGAAGACCACUCUGACUGCUAAAGGACUCUCUGUUUUCACAAUGACCUGGCUGAAGGUUGAACCCGAGAUAAAACUGAAUGAUGAUAAGUCCAUGUGUUAAGGGGAGUUACUGAAUGAACAGACUGUCUUUGGAGAAGGAAAGAAACAUGUUUUUGUUGUAAUAGAUCUCAGAAGAAACAUACAUUUGUGUUUCAUCUGAUUUAUUUCAUCAUUCGUUAUACAUUAUUUCAUUCAUCAUUA